CGAAUGAUGAAUUUAAGAGCAAUGUAAAUGCCUUGAUCGAUAUGAAGCUUGAGAAGCACAAGAAUUUAAGGGAAGAAUCUCAAUUUUACUGGCGAGAGAUCCUUGAAGGGACUCUCAAAUUUGAUAGGAGAGAAGCUGAGAUUGCAGCAUUAAAGAAACACACGCAACAAGAGCUGAUUGAGUUCUUCAAUGAAAAUAUAAAAGUCGGCGCAACUCGAAAGAAAACACUUAGUGUGCAAGUAUAUGGGAACCAACAUUUGUCCGAUUUCAACUCGCAGAAAUGUGAAGCAGUUCAACCAAAUACAAUUCAAAUUGAUGAUAUCUUCAGUUUUAAAAGAUCUCAACCUCUGUAUGGUUCAUUCAAAGGAGGCUUUGGUCAAAUGAAACUGUAGUAUCAAGGCUCAUCCCUUGUUAAAAAAAAGACAAGACUUAAGGACGCUUGCCCUGGGAAAACACAGUUAUUUUCCAGUCGGUUUUCAUAGAAUUGUUAUACAUUGGAG